AUGUUUCGAUCGUUAUUAAAAUAUCCAUUGAUUUCUAAUCGAUUAAAACAUACUUUAACAAGACAAGAAAACAAUGGAAAAAAGAAAGUUAUUGUACUAGGUGCUGGAUGGGGUGGAUUUCAAUUUGUUCGAUAUUUAAAUCGAAAAAAAUACGAUGUUACAUUGGUUUCACCACGUAAUCAUUUCCUUUUUACUCCACUUCUACCAUCAACAACUGUUGGUACAUUAGAAUUUCGUUGUAUUAUUGAACCUGUUCGUACACUUUCAAAUUUACAUUAUUAUCAAGCACAUUGUGAUGAAAUAAAUUCGAAAACAAAUCAAAUACAUUGUCGAGAUUUUUUUAAUACAAAUAAAGAAUUUACACUUGAUUUUGAUUAUCUGAUUUGUUGUCAUGGAGCGAAAUCGAAUACAUUUAGUGUACCUGGUGUUGAACAACAUGCAUUCUUUCUUAAACAAUUAUCUGAUGCACGU